AUGGCCGGGCCACCGCCACCCUGGGCCUGCACAGCCGUCCUCCUCUGCGCACUCAGCCUCAGCGGGGCCAUCGAGAUUCCCAUGGACCCAAGCAUUCAGAGUGAGCUGUCCCAGCCCCCGACCAUCACCAAGCAGUCAGUGAAGGACCACAUUGUGGAUCCCCGUGACAACAUCUUGAUUGAGUGUGAAGCCAAGGGGAACCCUGCCCCCAGCUUCCACUGGACGCGCAACAGCAAGUUCUUCAACAUCGCCAAGGACCCCCGGGUGUCGAUGAGGAGGCGGUCUGGGACCCUGGUGAUCGACUUCCGCAGUGGCGGGCGGCCCGAGGAGUAUGAGGGGGAAUACCAGUGCUUUGCCCGCAACAAAUUCGGCACGGCCCUGUCCAAUCGGAUUCGCCUGCAGGUGUCCAAAUCGCCCCUGUGGCCCAAGGAAAACCUAGACCCCGUCGUGGUUCAAGAAGGUGCCCCCUUGACACUCCAGUGCAACCCCCCACCUGGUCUUCCGUCCCCAGUCAUCUUCUGGAUGAGCAGCUCCAUGGAGCCCAUCACCCAAGACAAACGUGUCUCCCAGGGCCAUAAUGGAGACCUGUAUUUCUCUAAUGUGAUGCUGCAGGACAUGCAGACAGACUACAGCUGCAAUGCCCGCUUCCACUUCACCCACACCAUCCAGCAGAAGAACCCAUUCAACCUCAAAGUCCUGACCACCCGAGGAGUUGCAGAGAGAACACCCAGCUUCAUGUAUCCCCAGGGCACUGCGAGCAGUCAGAUGGUGCUGCGUGGCAUGGACCUCCUGCUGGAGUGCAUCGCCUCUGGGGUCCCAACACCAGACAUUGCAUGGUACAAGAAAGGUGGGGACCUGCCAUCUGACAAGGCCAAGUUUGAGAACUUCAACAAGGCCCUGCGCAUCACCAAUGUGUCCGAGGAAGACUCUGGGGAGUAUUUCUGCCUGGCCUCCAACAAGAUGGGCAGUAUCCGGCACACGAUCUCGGUGAGAGUGAAGGCUGCUCCCUACUGGCUGGAUGAACCCAAGAACCUCAUCCUGGCUCCUGGCGAGGAUGGGAGACUGGUGUGUCGAGCCAAUGGGAACCCCAAGCCCACGGUCCAGUGGAUGGUGAAUGGGGAACCUUUGCAAUCGGCACCGCCCAACCCCAACCGUGAAGUGGCCGGGGACACCAUCAUCUUCCGUGACACGCAGAUCAGCAGCCGGGCCGUGUACCAGUGCAACACCUCCAACGAGCACGGCUACCUGCUGGCCAACGCCUUCGUCAGCGUGCUGGACGUGCCGCCUCGGAUGCUGUCACCCCGGAACCAGCUCAUCAGGGUGAUCCUGUACAACCGGACCCGGCUGGACUGCCCGUUCUUUGGGUCUCCCAUCCCUACGCUCCGAUGGUUUAAGAAUGGACAAGGAAGCAACCUGGAUGGUGGCAACUACCACGUCUAUGAGAACGGCAGUUUGGAAAUCAAGAUGAUCCGAAAAGAGGACCAGGGCAUCUACACCUGUGUUGCCACCAACAUCCUGGGCAAAGCGGAGAACCAGGUCCGCCUCGAGGUCAAAGACCCCACGAGGAUCUACCGGAUGCCCGAGGACCAGGUUGCCAAGAGGGGCACCACGGUGCAGCUGGAGUGCCGUGUGAAGCACGACCCCUCCCUGAAGCUCGCGGUCUCCUGGCUGAAGGACGAUGAGCCGCUCUACAUCAGCAACAGAAUGAAGAAGGAGGAAGACUCCCUGACCAUCUUCGGUGUGGCCGAGCGGGACCAGGGCAGCUACACGUGUGUCGCCAGCACCGAGCUGGACCAGGACCUGGCCAAAGCCUACCUGACCGUGCUAGCUGAUCAGGCUACUCCAACUAACCGUUUGGCUGCCCUUCCCAAAGGACGACCGGACCGACCCCGGGACCUGGAGCUCACUGACCUGGCCGAGAGAAGCGUGAGGCUGACCUGGAUCCCAGGGGACGACAACAACAGCCCCAUCACAGACUACGUUGUCCAGUUUGAAGAAGACCAGUUCCAGCCAGGGGUCUGGCAUGACCAUUCCAAGUUCCCGGGCAGUGUCAACUCAGCUGUGCUCCGGCUGUCACCCUACGUCAAUUACCAGUUCCGGGUCAUCGCCAUCAACGAGGUGGGCAGCAGCCACCCCAGCCUCCCGUCUGAGCGCUACCGAACCAGCGGAGCACCCCCCGAGUCCAACCCGUCCGAUGUGAAGGGAGAGGGGAGCAGGAAGAACAACAUGGAGAUCACGUGGACGCCCAUGAACGCCACCUCCGCCUUCGGCCCCAACCUGCGCUACAUCGUCAAGUGGCGGCGGAGAGAGACCCGCGAGGCCUGGAACAAUGUCACGGUGUGGGGCUCCCGCUAUGUGGUGGGGCAGACCCCCGUCUACGUGCCCUACGAGAUCCGAGUCCAGGCUGAAAACGACUUUGGGAAGGGCCCUGAGCCAGACACCGUCAUCGGUUACUCUGGAGAAGAUUAUCCCAGGGCUGCACCCACUGAUGUUAAAAUCCGAGUCCUGAACAGCACCGCCAUCAGCCUGCAGUGGAACCGCGUCUACUCCGACACGGUCCAGGGCCAGCUCAGAGAAUAUCGAGCCUACUACUGGAGGGAGAGCAGCUUGCUGAAGAACCUGUGGGUGUCUCAGAAGAGGCAGCAAGCUGGCUUCCCCGGCGACCGCUUGCGUGGCGUGGUGUCCCGCCUUUUCCCCUACAGUAACUACAAGCUGGAGAUGGUUGUGGUCAAUGGGCGAGGCGAUGGGCCUCGCAGUGAAACCAAGGAGUUCACCACCCCGGAAGGAGUACCCAGUGCCCCCAGGCGUUUCCGAGUCCGGCAGCCCAACCUGGAGACAAUCAACCUGGAAUGGGAUCAUCCAGAACACCCCAAUGGGAUCCUGAUUGGAUAUACUCUCAAAUACGUGGCCUUUAAUGGAACCAAAGUAGGAAAGCAGAUAGUGGAAAACUUCUCUCCCAAUCAGACCAAGUUCACGGUGCAAAGAGCAGACCCCGUGUCGCGCUACCGCUUUUCCCUCAGUGCCAGGACGCAGGUGGGCUCAGGGGAAGCAGUCACGGAGGAGUCACCAGCGCCCCCGAAUGAAGACCGACCAGACGCGGCUAUUUUACAUUUCCCCUUAGCGCCUCCCACGUCGCCCCCGACCACGGUGGGUGUGCCCGGCACGGUGAGCAGUACCGAUGCCCCUGCCACCGCCGCCACCACCGAAGCCACAACAGUCCCCACCGUCCCACCUGUCGUACCUACCACUGCCGCCACCACCGAGGCCACAGCCACUACGGCCUCCACCGCCGCCACCACCACGGAGAGUCCCGCCGCCACCAGGACUGAGAUCCGAGAAUCGGCCCCCGACGAGCAGUCCAUCUGGAACGUCACUGUGCUCCCCAACAGUAAAUGGGCCAACAUCACCUGGAAGCACAAUUUCGGGCCCGGAACUGACUUUGUGGUUGAGUACAUCGACAGCAACCAUACGAAAAAAACUGUCCCUGUUAAGGCCCAGGCCCAGCCCCUACAGCUGACAGACCUCUAUCCCGGGAUGACAUACACGUUGCGCAUUUAUUCCCGGGACAACGAGGGCAUCAGCAGUGCCGUCAUCACCUUUAUGACCAGUGCAGCCUACACCAACAACCAGGCGGAUAUCGCCACCCAGGGCUGGUUCAUCGGGCUCAUGUGUGCCGUCGCCCUGCUGGUGCUGAUCCUGCUCAUCGUCUGUUUCAUCAAGAGGAGUCGCGGCGGCAAGUACCCCGUGCGAGAAAAGAAGGAUGUGCCUCUUGGCCCUGAAGACCCCAAAGAAGAGGAUGGCUCCUUCGAUUACAGUGACGAGGACAACAAGCCCCUGCAGGGCAGCCAGACGUCCCUGGACGGCACCAUCAAGCAGCAGGAGAGCGACGACAGCCUGGUGGACUACGGCGAGGGCGGGGAGGGCCAGUUCAACGAGGACGGCUCCUUCAUCGGCCAGUACACGGUCAAGAAGGACAAGGAGGAGACGGAGGGCAACGAGAGCUCGGAGGCCACGUCGCCAGUCAACGCCAUCUAUUCUCUGGCCUAA